UUUCAAAUCUUCCUUAUCAACCUAAUAACAUGGUUGUGUCAGGAAUUGACCCAGAUCUUAAACGCAAAAUUCAAGAAGCUAAAGAGAAAAUCAAAGUGAAUUUGGCUAAAGCCAAUCCUUAUUUGCCAUCAACAAAUCCUCUGGUAAAACUGGGUGAUGAUUCUAUAAAGGCAAAAGGAGGACUUAAAGUAGAAUCACACCCUGCACUUCUUUUAGAUCAAAGUGGAAAAUUGGAUUUGAAACGAGCUUCAGCGUUGAUGCCAAAGCCUAAUUUUGCUACUGUGAAGGCAAACCAAAGGCUCGCACCUACUGUAUCGAAACAAGAAUCGAAGGCAUUGGCACCUUCUGAAGAAUUAGAUGAUAUUACACAGAAUCCUUAUUACGAUCCGAGAGCUGGUGCCGCUGCACCUCAAAGACGUCUCCGUAAAAAAUUUAAAUUUGCCAAGCUGGAAAAAUUGAAAGAAGAAAUCGCUGAAAGUGUCAAGAAAGCCGGAAUGGAAGCAGAAAUUGACUCAACGGAUAAAGCAAUUAAGAGAGAUCCACCACCUGUGAUAGAAUGGUGGGAUUUACCUUUCUUGUUAAAUAAAACUUACAAUGAUAUUGAUGCUGGUUUAACUAAAAUCGAUGAUGAGGAUUCUCUUGCUACUUGGUUUGUUCAACAUCCAGUGCCAAUUAGACCCCCAGGUGACAAUGGACCCCCACCGCCAAAACCGUUGAUUUUGACUAAAAAGGAGCAAAAGAAGUUGCGUAAACAGCGGCGGUUAGAGUUGCAAAAAGAAAAACAAGAUAAAAUUCGUUUGGGAUUAUUGCCCCCUGACCUGCCUAAAGUCAAAUUGAGUAAUCUGAUGAGAGUCCUUACAAACGAUGCCAUUCAGGAUCCGACAAAAAUUGAAGCUCAAGUCCGUAGAGAAAUGCAAAAGCGACAAGAAACCCAUCAAAAGGCAAAUGAAGAACGUAAACUAACUGAUGAGCAGAAAAAAGAAAAAAAGCAAAAGAAAAUGGAUGAAGAUAAGCAGACUGCAACAAUAGUUUGUGUUUUUAAGUAUGUAUAA